AUGACGCCAAGUUACGAAGUCGUCCCUGGUCAUUCUGUUGGAUCAUUCAAACUUGGUGAUACUCUUUGGCAUACACUAGAUUAUCUUCGAGCACAGAAGACGACUUUUCCAAAGAUUGAAAUUUCUUAUGAUGCCGAUAACGCAUCCACAACAUCUAUAACCCUUCGUCUAUCUCCCAUAAUCCUUUUCUUUCCUCAUCCCUCUCAAACACUCGACAGAAUCAUCAUAACCCUUCCUUCCGUUGAACUAUCAUACGAAACUCGUCUUCUCGCUUCUUCACAGGAUCAUCUCACCCGUGCCAAAGUAGGUAGGAUACUAGGUCCAACAUACGCUCCAACGGGGGGAAAGGUAUCUUAUCCCGGUAUAACUUUUGAUAUCCCCAUGUCAAAUGGGAGAGAUGAUUUGGUUAAUGCUUUGAGCGUUGUUCCAAAGGAAAAGGAUAACGAGAAGAAAGAAGUUUGGGAGGUUUUGAUCCUUCCUGGAAAAGGAAUCACCUUUCAUCUAAGUGACACACAAACAGAUAUCAUCAUAGGACAAACUACAUCCCAAGAUCUCCUUUUAGACAUCGGUCCACCUCUGAGGGAAUUCUGGAAAGAAGACUCUAGAGUGUCUAAAAUAUGGAUCGGUGAUGAUGCACUUUCGACAGGCUAUUUUUGGAAUUAUUUUCAAUAUGGAUUAGAUUUUUUGAUAAAUGAUGAAGGGUUUGUAGAAAAGGUUAUUUGUCAUUCGAAUAUACCCGGAACAGCCCUUUUUCAACGUUACGCACGUUGUCCAUGGCGUAUACAAUCAUCUACAUCUACAAAACCUCUUGAUUUCACUUUCCCCAUUUUGGAAUUCCAAGAAUCCCUCGGUAAACCCUCUUCUUCACAAUACGUCUCUCCGAAUCAUGGACAGGAAGAAGAAGGUAUGAUAUUGGAUAGGAGCGUUGAAGGUGGGUUUGAAGGUGUAACGAAUUUAGGAAUUAGUCGUUUGAGAGGUUUUAAUGGAGUGAUAUUGGAAGAAGAUGAGAUGAGUAAAGGAAUAUCCUCAGUAUUGAUUUAUCAUGUGUGA